CUGAUAUAUUCAUUCAACCAAACCCUGUUCUGUGUUCCCAAUUCGCGAUCCAAUUCGAAACCCUAGAUAUAUUUUCUUCCCAAUUCUCAAUUUGUGAUGGCACCCAAGGCAGACAAGAAGCCCGCGGAGAAGAAGCCCGCCGAGGAGAAGAAGUCGACGGUGGCUGAGAAGGCUCCCCCGGCGGAGAAGAAGCCCAAGGCCGGGAAGAAGCUUCCCAAGGAGGGCGCAGCCGCUGCCGGAGACAAGAAGAAGAAGAGAAGCAAGAAGAGCGUAGAGACCUACAAGAUCUACAUCUUCAAGGUCCUGAAGCAGGUUCACCCAGACAUCGGUAUCUCCAGCAAGGCCAUGGGGAUCAUGAACAGCUUCAUCAACGACAUCUUCGAGAAGCUCGCUCAGGAAUCUUCCAGGCUCGCUCGCUACAACAAGAAACCCACCAUCACUUCCAGGGAAAUCCAGACCGCGGUCAGGCUUGUGCUGCCCGGAGAGUUGGCUAAGCACGCUGUGUCUGAGGGGACCAAGGCGGUGACGAAGUUCACAAGUUCUUGAACUAACAAUGAUAAUCCUGUGGCUUUCUGGUGUUGGUUUGUGUUCAAUUUCGGUGUUUGGUUUAGGGUUUUGCAUUAGGCGUUAAGGACUAUGUUAGAUCUUUAAUUUUUAGAUUUUUCUGUCAGGGAAGAAUUUGGAUCUGCUCGAUCCUAUUGUGUAUGGAUUUAGUUUUCUGAUGGUACAGACUUUCUAUCAACUGAUCUUAUGGAUUAAAUGUUUUACCCUUUUCGCGAUA